AUGGAUCUACCUAGGUCUGAUGUGAUGAGACCUAACUGCAUCUAUUUUUGUGUCGCUGCAGGCUAUGCCAAUGAAGUCGGGGAGGCCUUCCGUGCUCUGGUGCCGGUGAGCUUCGUUUGGGGCAGCUAUGCUGUGUCCACUGCUUAUGUCACCGCCGAUGCGGUGGACAAAGGCAAGAAAGCAGCUGUGGUCCAUGGGGACAAUCCAGGGAGGACAACACGAGUGGCGGUAGCUGUGGUGGACACGUUUGUGUGGCAGGCCCUGGCUUCUGUCAUCAUCCCAGGCUUCACCAUUAACCGGGUGUGCGCCGCUUCCCUGUAUCUGCUGGGCAGAACCACCAAGUGGCCUCUGCCUGUACGCAAGUGGACCACAACCGCUAUUGGCCUCUCCACCAUCCCCUUCAUCAUCACUCCAAUAGACAGGUCAGUGGAUUUCCUGCUGGACUCAAGUCUUAGGAAGGUCUACAAGGAAACAAAGAAGGAAGAAUAAAGGGGGUGAUGCAGGAAAGACUGGAAACUCGCCAGUCUGUUGACCUGCACUGGUUAUUUAGACCAUCUGGAAAGCAGACAUGUAUUAGAGCAAUAUUUCACACUUACAUAGUGAUAUACCUGUUUUACUAUAGUUUUUUACAGCAGAGUUGAAUAUUUAUGUAAUAGGUCAGGGGGUUUAAGGGGAAAUCCUGCUCCUGUUUUAACUUCAGGGCAGACGGUUGUAUUACCAAAAUGAAUCUAAAGGAGAAAGUUGUCAGAUUAUAAUAGAUCAUAUUUUUUUCUGCAGGGAUAAGGUGAAAUACCUGGAAGGCAAUGAAAAUGUUAGAUUUUGCCAUCUUUGAAAAGAGAACUGAGCCGUUUACUCUGGAUUUUCUAUCAUUGAAUGCUUGAUUUCUUCUAAUUAGCCAUAUUUAAUGGUACGGUAGUAUAAUGGCAAGUCAAUGAGCCUGGUUGAAAUCAAAGUUUUUUCUUUUCCUUGAGAAUAUUUGUUACCAAAGAAAAAAUGCAGCACUUAGCUGAAGUUACUUGGGGCACUUUUCAGUCUAUCUUUCUUUUUAUGAAGGCCAGUGAACCUUUCUCUAAAGCCUUCUUUAAACAGUUCAUGUUUUUAUUUUUAUUUCUUAUUCAAUACACUGUAUAAAACAGGUUUACAGUUAGAGAUGGCAGUUCUAGAUAAUUAAACACCCUACACAGCAUCAAAUGUCAGUCUUGGCUUCAAAUUACUGAGGUUGCACAGUUUUACAUUUACAGUAUGUAUACUCAGCCUGAGCCAAGAAAAAAAAAACAGACUGUGCAAUCUAACUUUACCUCUAAAAUAAUUUCACUGUACGGGAAAUUUAAACUUAGCAUUGCAGUGAUCAGAUACACAUUAGGUUAAUAUUAUCUUUAUGUAAAAUUUAGGAAUAGCACAUUUAUUGAUGCUGCUUCAAGUCUGAUGCAACAUUUCUUAGAGCUAUGCAAGGGAAAUAUGUGUGUGUAUAUGUGAGCUUAUAUAGCAGGGAUUGGUUUCUGCAUUCAGAAUAGUAGGUCAAUUCUAUAUUUUAAAAUAUUUAGAAUUUAAGAAAGGAAAUUUGAGUUACAGCUGGAUCAACCUUUAACAGUUACCCUGGUUUUGAUCUGUCUUUACUUGUUUUAUCCUACUUAAGGAAAACCUGGUUCCAAGAUAUCUAAUUGCAUCAGGAAUUUGCACAACUUUUUUGUAGAUCAGAAUGUCAUCCCUAAAAUAAAUGUCUUUUAUGCUUCAUUUUUAACCACUUAUGCACAUAUUGUGUUACUUAUGCAAAAAAAAAGAGGGUCCCAGAGGUUUUUUAUCAGCCAGUUUAAUUCAUCAUAGCAGUGAAGCCAAAUGUUCUUCAAUCCAAACACAGAGUUGUAGCUGUGCCACAAUGCUUCACAAUAUUUUAUUGAUCCAUCCUUUCCUGCUGUGGUGUUAUAACAACCACCUAGAACAAAAAAAAAGUAGACCUCCCCCGUAAACAAAUGUUUAUAUUUAUGUAAAAUGUUAAUCUGAUUUUAAAGAGGCUUUAGAAACUACAGUUUCUGUUUACUUUUUGAUCAAUGUGAACCUGGGUCAUAUUUCAGCCUUAAUUGAAAAGAAACCUAGAAACGGUUUAUCACUGUUGAAUUUGAAGCUGAAAUGUAAAGCAAGUUGUUUGUGUUUUGAGUGUGUGCAAUCUUCUUAUUCUGCUGUUUUUUGGAUGUGGGGAAAUAAAACAUGUACUGUCUGAAAUGUCUC